UGCAUAACCUCUAUUAGCUGUGACGUAUAAAGAUCAUAAAUAUCAACAUAUUUUAUUUAGAUGCGAAAACAAAACAAAUUUCUAAUUGAGAUUAGAAAGUAACAACAAACUCAUGUGUUCUGCCAUCCAGGGAUUAAUGAGUGCGAAAAGUUUUCCAUGACAAUACAAAGCGUAGAUCAUGAACAGCUUUUAGAUUUGGGUUAAAUUUGCAAUAGUUCAAAUACUUUAUGGGAUAUUUGCUCUUAUAGACUACAUGUUGGUCUUCUUUGUGUAGUUAGUAUUAUUUGAUAGUAAAAAAGUAUUUACCAUUGGCUACUGAAAUGGAUAAUGCCGAACAAGGACCUCAGUAUGCCCUGCACAUUGCUGUUCAUACCCUUCGAGAGAGAUGUAAACAAUUACAACAACAUGUAGCCCUCUUGGAAGAGGAGAAUAUCAAUUUAAGAUCGAAAUGCAGUCAGCAUGAGGAUCUUAACCGUUCCAUCAACGAGGUGGAUAAUUUACGAUCUCAAGUUGCUGAAUUAUCAGAACAAAAAGAACAGUUACAAAAUAAAGUGAAAAUGGUCACCAAUGAAAAUCAAGACCUUUGGUCGAAACUCACUCAACUCACAAAAGUGAAUUCAACGUUAGGUAGUCAGCUUACUAAAAUAAAUGAUACUUUAACCCAGCAUGCUACAACCCAAUUUAGUUCCACACCACAGCACAAUUUAAUUCGAUCAAAAACAUUUACUAAAUCAGAGUUGCAAACGAAAGUGCUACAAAAAAAUCUCGAAGAGAAUGACAAAAUCAGUUUAGAACUGGAAGAUAUUUCGUUAAAGCUAUCUGAUAGUUUUAAUAGGCAAAGGAAAGAAUUAGAUGUGCUGUGCUCAGAGAUCUCCGAAUUAAUUGUUUCAAAUGAAGAGUUAGUAACAGACAACUGUGGAUUUUUAUUUGACGAAGAACUCCAAAACGACCUACUUGCCGAAAUAGAAAGUUAUGGAGACGAUUUAAAGCUAUUAAGAACUGCAGUUGAACAGCAGCAGACGGUUUUGGAAUUGAAUGUAAAGAAUAUUCAUUUGUUGAAAGAAAAACUUCAAUGCAAAUUUUGUCAGUGUAAAAAACCAAAAUUAGAGAAGAGUACCUCCACGUUAGAUUUGGUAACAAAAACAUUUGAAGAUAAGUACACUGAAACUGAUAAUCCUGAAAACAGCGGCACUAAAACUUCGAGUCCCAGUGCGAAAAACAAUCUUACAGAUUACACACAAACAUUUGAUCGAGUGUGCCCAUUGUGCAGUAAAGUAUAUCAAAAAGAUGUUGAUUUUGCAUUAUUUGAAAGGCAUGUGGAGGAGCAUUUUAUUCUUGAUGAUGGUGCCUUUGAGUUGAUAUAACAUUUUUCGUUAAAACUAUAUACUUAAAAGUAUUUUUGGUUAAAGAGACUGUUUAUUUUAUCAAACUUAUGAUUUAUUUACUUGUAUAAUUUAUAAUAGAUGUAGUAUAUAUUGACAUACGUCGACGAUUGGCACUUAAAUAUAAAAUAUUGGCGUUAACACAAAUGCGUAAACAUAAGUAUUCAAACUUAACAGACAUUGCAAAAUUAAAAGAAAAUUGGAAUUGUUCAUUACAAAAUACAUAUAGUCUUCAGCAAAGUAAAUGCAUUCUUGCAAAGCAUUUAAUGACCAUCAUAACGAAUUUUUUAUGUUUUUUUCCGAGCAAUACUAUGGAUAAUAAUUUAAUUGGAAUAUUUUUUUCUUUUAAUUACUUAAAUGAAAAUGUUUAGAGAGAUGUAAAUAAUAAUAAUGUAAUAAAUAAUAAUGAUAG